UGUAGAUGUUCUUCCUCCUCACUCGUGUCACGAGUGCCGCAGCAUUAAGAACACAUUUCGAUAGCCGCGAAAAUACGUCGUAAAGCAAACAUCCCAAUUCGGCUGGAAAUUAAUUUGUGACACUCGCUUUAAUUGAAAUCAAUUGAAACGUGAAUGUGCUCUUGCACCGUCUACUCUUCCAAUUAUUUGGUGGUCUGUCUCAUCUCGAAAGCAAAACGAAUCGAAUUAGGACGAACUACAACCACGGAUAAGGCAUACAAAAGCCAUUUCAACAGAAUUUUGUUUAUUUGUUUGCGGACGAUAAAAAUAAACGCGAGUACAAGUACGACAACACAACCAAUUAGAAUCGACCCCACCUCCCACAUCCACCCCCUGCAUCAAGCAUCAGCAGCAGGCAAAGUAAAAUUCUUCAUACGAUUUUCGUUUGCGAAGCGCUCAUCAGCAAAGUUUUUUUUUGUCUACUCUCGGUAAAAACAACGGCCUCGAUUUUUUUUAACGACGAAAUUGGGAGAAUUUUUAUCACUUAUCCAAAUAUUGGGGUUAUGUUUUUUGACGUCUUUGUUACCAUAGUCAAGUAAUCAAACCGAUUCCAUUUGGACUUUGGCUAGAUUUAGAGUAGACGCCCAGUCACAGAUUGAUAUGAACAAAAUGGGCAUCUCUACAGACCCCGCACUACUCGAUGUCGAACUGCCACACACUUUGAUUGAAUCGCCAUCGGUUUCAACAUUUAUGCCCGAGGAAGAGGCAUCCAUCUGUCCACUGUUGUCGUCAAACACAAACGGCUCCACAACACCAAUGACUUUCUCGCAUCCCCUCACGCCGUGCAUCGACAACGACAAUGACAGCAACACUUCGGCCAAUUUGUGUAAUGAGGACGGCAAGGUCGAAACAAGUUCAUCCUCUGGCAGUAGUUCUGGAAUUGGAAUGAGUGUGCCGGAUGCCACCUCCACCACGCUCUUUAAUAAACACUCUUACAAACAUUUGCAAAACAAUAACAGCUCAACCCAGGACGCCAAUGGACACGGACCCAAUGGAAAUCUUCAGCUUGGCAAAGACACGCCCUCGUUUGUCUCAUGGAAUUGGCCCCUUAUUAGAAAGUGCACCUUUUUCGUCUUCAUGUCCAGCCUCCUGGCAAUGUGUGCCGUGGUGGUGGCCAUGAUUGUUACCCUGCCCAGGGUGUGCAAUCCAAAGACAAUGUGGUAUCGGGGCAGUGUUUUUUACGAAAUUUUUCCGGCCAGUUUUCAAGAUUCAGAUAAUGAUGGCAUCGGCGAUCUACGUGGUGUUGUUAAACGUCUCGACUACAUAAAAUCUUUGGGUGUCUCAGCUGUUCGCUUGAAUUCGAUUUUUCCAACGUCUCAUUACCCGGAAGACUUUAACCACAUUGCCAGUCUAAUGGAAGUAUCGAAAGUUCUCGGCAAUUUGGGGGAGGUACAGCAGCUAAGCCAAUCUCUGCAUGCUCGCAAUAUGUCCCUUAUAUUGGAUCUACCCCUAUAUCCCUUCAUCAAAGAGUUAGGCAAGUCAGAAGGAGCAAGUUUGAUAAAAGUCUUAGCCAGUACAGCAUCCAAUACAUCAGAUACAGAGGAUACGACAACAACAACUGCCAGGCCCAUUAUCACCGUGAAUCUGAUCACCAUGGCCCUUCAACAUUGGAUCAAGUAUGGUGUUAAUGGUUUCUACAUAAAGGGCUUAGAGCACUUUCCAGAUUUGGAAGACAUUGAGUACCACUUGGCGGAAUGGAAAGACAUUCUGGGCAAUGAACGAGUCCUCAUCAUCAGCGAAGAAGUGCUUCAGAGGUUGAACAAGGCGCAGAAGAGUGCCGCAUUGCAACAUAUAGAUCUAGUUGAUGUCUACUUGAAUGUCUUCAAUGGCACAAUCUAUAUGGAGGAGCGUUUAAACGACCUCCUUAAUUCGGAUAUAGCCCCCAAAGAUCCAGGUGUUUGGAUUCACUGGUCACUUGGCAGUGUGGACAAACCAAGAAUGGCGCGUGAGGGCGUCAGUUCAAAUUUCAGUAUAACGGCUACGCUAAUGCAACUUAUGUUACCGGGUACUCCAAGUAUAUUCUAUGGCGAUGAAAUAGGUCUGCGUGCGGUAGAUGAUCAUUUGAAAGAGCAUAAUGAGACUAAGCAUUUGCACCACCUGUCUACCAUGCAAUGGCCUCUCAAUUUCACUCAACAAUUCACAACAAGAGAAACAUUGCCAUGGCUGCCAAAGUCCUCGGGAACAAGCUUCGAUGACUACACUCUGGUGUCUCGCAUGAUUGCGCUGCGCGACCGGUCACCUUCCAUAUACAAAAAUGCCAUUUGCAAAGGUGAUACGGUCCUUCCCAAUACGGCCAUCAGGCGUAGCGGGGACGAUAUCCUCAUUGUUGAAAGAAUUUAUCCCAGACGUAAUACUUUUGUCUCUGUGUCAAAUUUCGGGCAGAUUCGAGUGACUCUGGACAUGACAUCCAAAUUUUACAGCGGCAUUGUGAUGCUGCACGGGAAUAAUGAUAAGAUAUACUUUAGUGACUUCCAGAUUGGACCCACAGAGAGCAUUAUUGUGAGACUGGACAAGUAGGGCGAUAACCUGCUUUCAACUAUUUCCAUGCCACCGCACAUCCUGUACUUAAAUUUGUUAAAUUGGAUAUUUUGUUAAAUUUCUGUAAGUUGUAUAAAAAAUAAUAAACAUUAUACUUUAAUAGAAAAAAUCA